CUUAAGGUACGUAGGAGUGAAAGCUUUGACGGCGUGCAUUUCUGCAGGUUAAAUUUUUAUAUUUUAGUGUUCGAGGAGUUAUAAUAUAUAUGAAAGUUUGUUUAAAGCAUUUUGAAGAGUCUGAUUUUCAUACACAAAGUAAGGAGCUGAGACACGCAGAUUUGUGUUUGAGACCGAGAAAAACUAACUUGAGACGCCGAAAUUUGAAAAGAAAUGCAGUCCCAACAAUAAACCUUCCUACAGGUACUCAUGAGAACAUAAAGAAGAAAGAAAGACGGAAUUCAACUAGAUAUGAUCCUGUACAACAACCAAUUUUGAAAUCUGACUGUGAAGUAAUGACACAAAAUCAAGAUGAAAAUGAACUUCAUGCUCAGGAAAUGAUUCACAGGCCUGAUGAAUUGUUGGCUGCUGAAGCUCUAUGUGCUUUUAUCAAUAAGGACAAUUUGUGACAAUAUUACUACAAAUCAAAAGCUUAACAGCUUGACAGGGUUGAAUUCUUUCGAAAUGCUGAAAACUAUUGAAAUUUUAGUAUUAAGAAUAAAAAGAGAAAAUUUUGUUUCAUCCCUCAAUAUUAGGGAAAAAAUACAUUUACAAAAC